CAAUAUCAUUAUGUAAAACGCCGUUGUAUAAUGUUCUCUUUCUUCCGCUGUGAGUCAAUAAAAUGGUUGAUUUAUUCUUCACAUUUAAGAAAUUGGAAACACAGAAAAUCGACUCCGGGAAAAGGAUAUUCAGCACAUCUUACAUCUUGUAAAAAUUCGUUUCAUUCCUUUACAUCAUCUGGAAAGCAUGAGUAA